UGAGGACGGGGGAACAAAACUCCGGGACGACCUCCUCGCGGUCUGACGUACCCGGUGCCUCUGCUAUAAAUGAAUUCCAAGCGUCACUGGGCUCAGAAACAUUCGCAGUUCCAGUGAGCACCCCUCUCCGCCGACAUCCACAGCACUCUUUACGCACAUUCCCCCACCCCCCUCCCCCCAAACACACGCGCACUUCACAACACAUACCCAAACACGUAUGCGUCAUGCGCCCUAAAGAGAGAGACGGCACGGACGAGGUGACUCCGAUGGACCCGAGCAGUAGCGAACACGCCACCAAACAGAUGUGAGCGACUGACCCCCCACUCCUGUAGAAGCUCCCCCCUCCCCCUCCAGCUGUCCCGGGAUAGUGCUCUCUGAGCGCGUACGGAGUGGGGUGAAUUAUGGAUUUUCCAGCAACCACCGGCAACGACAGCAACGCCACCUCGGGGUCCCCCGGCGGGGGUCUCGGUAUGGUCGCGCGCUGGAACUCCAGCGAGAACAGCAGCGCGGCUCCGGGCUCUACGGCGGAGGACAUGGAGCUGAGUUACCAGGUGGUCACCUCUCUGCUGCUGGCGGCCCUCAUCCUCUGCUCCACGUUCGGCAACGCGUGCGUCGUGGCGGCGAUCGCCUUGGAGAGGUCCCUCCAGAAUGUAGCCAAUUACCUGAUCGGGUCCCUGGCCGUGACGGACUUGAUGGUGUCGGUGCUCGUGCUUCCCAUGGCGGCCCUCUACCAAGUGCUGAACAAGUGGACUUUGGGGCAGACGAUUUGUGAUAUAUUUAUCUCUUUGGAUGUACUGUGUUGCACCUCGUCCAUCCUGCACCUGUGCGCCAUAGCCUUGGACAGGUACUGGGCCAUCACGGACCCCAUCGACUAUGUCAACAAGCGGACACCUCGGCGAGCGGCGAUCUUGAUCAGUGUCACCUGGCUGAUCGGUUUCUCCAUUUCCAUUCCGCCUAUGUUAGGCUGGAGGAGCGCGGAGGACAGGGCGAACCCCGACGCGUGCACCAUCAGCCAGGACCCGGGAUACACCAUCUACUCCACUUUUGGGGCUUUUUACAUCCCACUCAUCCUCAUGUUGGUCUUAUACGGAAAGAUCUUUAAAGCGGCCCGCUUCCGAAUUCGGAAGACGGUGAAGAAGACUGAGAAAGUUAAAGUGUCGGACAAAAGCUUCAGUGUGUCUCCGGCGCUGUUUCAUAAGAAGACCAACGGGGAGACAGGGGACAAGGGCUGGAAGCUCGGCGCGGAGUCCAAGAUGAACUCCCCGUGCGUAAACGGCGCGGCGAGACGUGCAGAGGAAGGUGAGUCGCUGGAGAUCAUAGAGGUGAUCAGCAACUCUAAAACCCAUCUCCCUCUGCCCAACACCCCGCAGUCGUCCCACGGUUGCGAUCACACGAACGACAAGGCGUUGGACGCCAAGAAAAAAAUUGCGAUGGCCAGAGAGCGCAAAACGGUGAAGACCUUGGGGAUCAUCAUGGGGACGUUCAUCGUGUGCUGGCUGCCGUUCUUCAUCGUAGCGCUGGUGCUGCCUUUCUGCGCGGAGAGCUGCUUCAUGCCCGAUCAGCUGAUGGCAGUCAUCAGCUGGCUGGGCUACUCCAACUCCCUCCUGAACCCCAUCAUUUACGCGUACUUCAACAAGGACUUCCAGAGCGCUUUCAAGAAAAUCAUGAAGUGCAAAUUUCACAGACAUUGACGAGGCAUGCUGGUAUGCACAAUGAACGCAGUGUGUUUGUUUUUUUUGCAUUUACUUUGUAUGGACUAAACAAAGACAGAAAGACAGCAAGGAAAUGUGUAUCGAAUAUGAAAAAGCAAAAAAAAACAACAAAAAAAAGAAUAUACAAGGACAAUCACGUUACGGAGUUGGAUGGAUGAGGGACCACGUCUUUGUAUGGACGGACGAGAGAGAGGGAACCCAGAAGGUUUGAUCGCGGUUUAGAUUCCGGUUUAAUCGAUGUUGUAGCUCUUGCCUAUACGCAGCAUCGUUGUUUCAUGCAAUACAUGUCAUGACGUGUGCUGACUACAUCAUGCAUCCAUACGGGACUACUCAACCAUGAGCUUUGUAGAGCUGAACAAAUAAAGGCAAUGUAACUUUAUCAA